AUGAAGGAGGAGCAGACCAAGCCAUUGCAGUGGGUUAGUGUAGUUUUCAGAGUCAGCGAGGCUGUACGCUGGGAUAAAGAGUACUCCACUUCUGCAUUCUCCAAACUAAGCAAAGUAGGGAUCCAACACCCCCCACCUCUUCCCUUUAUUGGAAACCUGCUCUUUUUCCGUGAGGGUUUUUGGGAAAACCACACAAAACUCAUAACGGAGUAUGGACCUAUUUGUGGGUAUUACAUUGGUCGCCAGAUGUUUGUGGUGGUCUCCUCACCAGAGAUGAUCAAGCAAAUCUUAGUGACAGACUUCAGUAACUUCACCAACAGAACUAAGCCGAACUUGAUUUCCAAGCCAAUGCUUGACAGCAUCCUUUGUCUUCGUGAUGACAGAUGGAAGUAUGUCCGGAGCCUCCUGACCCCAGCCUUCAGUGAUACCAAACUGAAAGAGAUGACACCGCUAAUAAACCAGGCCUGUGACGUCCUGCUGUGUAACUUGAAAGUCUAUGCAGAUUCUGGCAAAGCUUUUGAUAUCCAGAGGUGUUACAACUGUUUUACCUUGGAUGUCGUUGGUAGCGUAGCUUUUGGUACUGAGGUGGAUUCUCAGAAAAAUCCUGAUGACCCCUUUGUUAAGAGUUGCAGAACAUUCUUUGAAAUGUCUCUGUUUAAGCCUCUCCUCAUUCUAAUCCUUUCUUUCCCAUUCAUAAUGAUCCCAUUGCUCCGGAUUUUGCCUAACAAGAAACAAAAGGAACUGAAUGGUUUUUUCAUCCAAACCAUAAAAAAUGCAAUUGUCUUCAGAGACCAGCAAGAUGCAGCUGAGAGGCGCAGAGAUUUUCUCCAGUGGAUGCUUGACUCCCGCGACUCAGCUGACUCCCUGGCAGCCGGGUGUUAUGAUGUGAUGAGUCCAUCUGCCUCUUCCAGACAGAACGAGCCGCUUCAUGCUGGCAGGGCCCCAUCUGAAAAGGUUCAGAAGACGUUAACAGAGGAUGAGAUAGCAGGCCAAGCUUUCCUGUUCCUGAUCGCUGGGUACGAGACCACCACUAGCACGCUGUCCUUUGCCACGUACUUGCUAGCCACCAACCCAGACUGCCAGGAGAAGGUGCUUCAGGAGGUGGAUGAAUUCUCAGCAAAACAC